AUGGAUGACUGGUUACGGAGGGACCGUUUCGUUUUUGUAGGUUGGUCCGGUCUAUUGCUCUUUCCUUGUGCCUAUUUCGCCGUAGGGGGCUGGUUCACAGGAACAACCUUUGUAACCUCGUGGUAUACUCAUGGAUUAGCCAGUUCCUAUUUGGAAGGAUGCAACUUCUUAACUGCCGCAGUUUCUACUAGGAUCUGUGGCUCAAAUUAA